AUGAUUUUGCGAAGGUGUUGCAUAGCGAUCGGAAAUUCGCGCAAACGAAGGGUAUCGGCGGAGUGUAGAAACAGAACCACCAUAACAAGCCAUAGUCGAAGUAACGUUGGCUCAGCUCUUUAUGAGCGUGAGUACAUCACAACACGACAACAUCGUUAUCUUCGACGUAAUGGCAUUAUACUACACAGAGCUAUGGAUUCGAUGCGAUGUGAUCGUAAUUCAACAAACUACGAAGUUUCAGACGAUCAGUCAGGUUUAAAUGAUCAGUUAGCAUUGGGUGAAGUAUGUAUGGUUUUGCGUCAUGGAAGUUCUAGACGACGACGUGCUGUAAUUAUAGAUAAAAGACUAGCGGAAAGAGGAACGGGGAAUGAGUAUUAUGUUCAUUAUGAAGGGACCGAUCGACGUCUUGAUGAAUGGGCGCAACGUAGUCAGAUUCGAAAAAUUCUUGUCCAAAGAAAUACAUCAAUUAAUGAUGAUCGCAGAAAAAUAACAAGAGUGCGGAAGAGGACGCAUAUCGAUAUGAUCGAAUCUCCUAAUUCACAUUCCAGUAUAGACGAUGAAAGAACAGCACUGGAGAAAGAACACGAACAGGUUACUAGAGUGAAGCAUAUUGAACGCAUCAGAUACGGGAACUAUGAAAUCGACACGUGGUAUUUUUCUCCUUAUCCGGAUGAUUAUGGAAAAACGCACAGCCUUUACAUAUGCCAGUACUGUAUGCGGUACAUGAAGUUUGAACGAAGCUAUCGUAUUCAUCUACAUGAAUGUCGAAGAAAGGAACCACCAGGCAUUGAAAUUUACAAAGAAAAAUCAAUGUCCGUAUAUGAGGUCCUGGGUAGUAACGACAAGGUUUACUGUCAAUGCUUGUGUCUUCUUGCGAAAUUGUUUCUGGAUCACAAAACGCUUUAUUUCGAUGUUGAACCUUUCCUAUUUUACGUACUCUGUGAGGUCGACAGUCGGGGUGCUCAGAUGGUAGGUUAUUUUUCGAAGGAGCAAGGUAAUCCUGAUGGAAAUAACCUUGCCUGCAUUUGUAUACUUCCUCCUUUUCAGCGAAGCGGUUAUGGAAAGUUUCUUAUCCAGCUGAGCUAUGAAAUUUCGAAACGAGAAGGCUUAAUUGGUUCACCUGAGAAGCCAUUAAGCGAUUUGGGCAAAUUGAGUUACCGGUCUUAUUGGUCGUGGGCAGUUCUGGAAGUAUUAAGAACCUGUUCAAAAAUUUCGAUAACAGAUUUAAGCCGAAGAACAGCUAUUCAUGUCAAUGACAUUAUUGAAACGCUUCACUCUCUGAAAUUGACGCGUUACUGGAAAGGUGACCAUGUAUUAUAUGUCACGCAACGAUUUCUGUUACACUGCUGGAAAACAGGUGUUGCGAAAAAGCCGCGUCUGUUGUUACGACCUCGACUUUUACGAUGGCAACCACGAUAG